AUGAUGGACAUCGAGCUUACACACAUUGAUAUCAUGUGGCAACCCGAGCCAAUUCGAUUCACGCUCCUAGGGUUAUUGUGCACUCCAACAACAAAGCGCCUGCUUCUGCAGGACUGUUGUCUUCCUACCUGGUCCUCCUACGUCCUUGUCCCAGGAUUGACAACACUGGAGCUUGUCAACCCUUGCAUAGAGACGGACUACAUAUUUUCCCUUCCUCCGUCUCAAGCUAGACCGCGCCAUGUGAUAGUUGAAGGAAAUGACAUUGGCGAUGUGGUAGACUGGCUUGUUGCCUCUGGAGAACUCUUGCAAGAGGUGUCAAGUAUUUGUAUUCGACAUUUUACAUCCGAUUAUGACUCUGGUGACCGCCUCGUCCACGCUACAACCCUGAAGAACCCCAAGGUAAUCGAAGUCGGACUACUGUGCUCAGACUAG